AGGCCUCUCUCACAGUGAGCGCCGUGGUUCUGAGCUGAUUCAUUAUAAAUACAGGAAGAACUGAGAGCUCCACCCUCACAGGCCGCUCUGAAUGUUUUCCUCAGGAAUCCGCUCGUGGGAUGUGGAUCUGAGUCUGUGUAAUCUGGACGAACAGCUGAAGCUCUUCGUUACCCACCGUUCGUCUCAAAGCUCCACGGAUGUUAAAGGUCAGCGGAUAUUUAACUCCUCUACAAAUGUUCUCAGCUCCAGGGUUCUGAUUAAUCCCUCCGAGGAGCUUCUCUACUCAGAGAUACGCAGCCUGAUAUUGGACUCGAGUCAGCACAAGCUGCUCGUGCUUGCGGGACAGUCACUGGAGGACACUGGGGACAUCAUCCUGCAAACUGGACACUUCAGUCCAAACCACUUCUCUCAGAUCUUUGAGGAUGAGGAGAUCCAGUCAGUACUGAAUGCUGCGAGUGCAAAUGGAAAACCAAGCCUGACCCUCAGCUGCCCAAAGACUGGAAAAUGGAAGAACUCUGUGCUUGGGAAGCACAACAUUCAAGAUUUGAUAGACAUUAAGGUAAACCCUCUAAUGGUGCUCCCCAAAAUGGAAGGCCUUCAGGAGUUUACAGAUCAUCUCACCCAGACCCUUGAACCAAUGUCACCAUUUGACCUUUUGGAGCCUCCAAGCACGGUGGGUUUCCUCAAGCUUUGCCGUCCCUGCUGCUACAUCUUUCCAGGUGGGAGGGGGGACUGUGCCUUCUUUGCGGUCAAUGGAUUCAACGUUCUGGUCAAUGGUGGGGCUGACGAACGCUCUUGCUUUUGGAAGUUGGUGAGGCAUCUGGACCGUGUUGACUCCGUUCUGCUCACUCAUGCUGGGACAGAUAAUCUGCCAGGGAUUAACAGUCUGUUUGAAAGGAAGGUUGCAGAGCUUGAGAAAGAUGAUUCUUCAAACUCAAAUAAGAAAGAAAAAUGGCUUAAAAAUUUAAUCUCUCCAGAGCUUGGCGUGGUUUUCUUCAAUGCACCAAACAGGCUGAAAAAACUUCAAGGUGACCCAAAUGUGCUAAGAAGUAGCGAUCAAGCAGCUCUAACUCUACGCCAUCUGGAGAAGCUUAAGAUAUCCCCAGAACUACUACUUCGCAACUCGAGUGGUUCUAUAGAGCCAGUUGUUCUGUUUCAGAAGAUGGGAGUUGGGUGUCUUGAGCUAUAUGUCCUUAACCCAAUAAAACGCAGCAAAGAGUUUGAGGCGUUCAUGCACAGCUGGCCUGAGAGUAGCUCCAAUCCCAAAGGCUCAGAGAUUCCUUUAACCUCUCUGGUUUCUAUCUGUGCUUUGCUUGUGUGGCAUCCGGCCAGCCCACAUGAAAAAAUAAUCAGAGUCCUCUUCCCUGGUUCCACACCACAGGGGAAGAUAUUGGAGGGUCUAGAGAAGUUGAAACACCUAGAGUUUCUCAAGCGACCUGUAGUGUGCUCGAAAGACAUUGAAUCAUCAAAGUCAGAAAAGAACCCAAAACGUGCAGAGAGCCAAGACAGCCUCAAAUCCAACACAAAGGAAUCCAGAACAGGGACAGCAAGUGCAGCUCCAAAGGAGAGAUCAGCUCGUGGGUAUCUAGAACCAAAGGACAAGCCCAAAGUUGUGAAUGGAAGUGACUCUACAGGUGACGAAAGGCUGAAGUCUGUGGAAAACAGUGGCAAACUAAAGCCCUCCAAGCCUGUUUCAAGGAAGGAGUCUUUUAAGGAUAAUAAAAAAGAUGAAAGUCGUAGUGCAUUGGUGACAAAGAAACAAGAAAAUGUGCAAAGGAAAAUGUCUGGAAAAAAAGAUUUGUCUGUUAACAAACCAAAGGCAGACUUGAAGCCUGAACAUAAAAAAGAUGAGAAAAAUGAAGAUAAAAAGACCAGUUUGUCAGGAAAAGAUGUGAAGAAAGCCCCUUCAGCAUCUGUAUUCCCUCCUUUAGACACAAGUAAGUCUGCAAGUGCAAAGAAAAAUGAAACAAAAGAAAACAAGGGGGCAGAAAGUAAGGUAAAAAGCAACAAAUCUAACAAGGAGCAGCAGAACCAGAAGCUAUCAGGUGAUGUGGAGGAUCCAAAUCACUCCAUAAUUUCUUCACCUGAAGAUAUGACAUCAGAGUUUCUGGAAUUGGAGCGAGAGCAGGCACAUGAUGUUUCUGCUAGUAAAAACUCGGACCACCCCUCUGGGACAGGUUCAGGGAAUGAAGAUGAUCUGAAGAACGACCACGGCAAUCCAGAGAGGGCAGAUUCUGGAGAAGCUGUACCCAAUCCAAGCAAGGCCAUUGAUUCUUCUGCCCACUUUGUCAAGAAUCCAAAAAGCGAACGCAGUGUGAAUUUGGACCUCACACCAACGGAGUACACCCUACUCGAUGGCGCUUUUAAAGACAAUCUGUCCAAAUGUGUUCAGGAUGAAGUCUGCAUCAGCCCUGAUGAAAAGACUUUGGAGUUGAGUUCUCCUAGAUCUGGCCCGAAUAGUGCUGGCCAUACGCCCUAUCAUCUGUCCCCUGAGGAGACUUGGGCAUCUAGGGACCACAGCAGUCUGGGAGCCAAGAUGUGCCUUGGAUCAGAGAGUCAGCAGGUAGGAGGAUCCAGCAAGAAUUCAGAGUCUGGAUGUGCGAAGAGUAAUCAGGAGAGCACCUCUGCCUCAUCCAAAGAAAAACACUCCAGUUUCCUGUCCCUGAGUUCUUUCAAGGACAAUAUGCCUGAUAUAUCUCCCACUGUGACUACCACCCACUCAAUGCCAGCAGAAGUUAGCUCACCACAGUCCACUGAAGUUGAUGAGUCUUUGUCAAUGUCCUUUGAGCAAGUCCUUCCCACAGUCAGUGAAUCCACCAACGAGGAUGAGACGUCCUACUCCAACGGUCAGUAUGUAGAUUCUGAUUUCAAGGUAGGAAUGUCCCUGUCCUUAAAAAUGGCCCACACCAAGAGAGUUAUGAACGAUGGCUUGGAUGGACGUCCUCCUGGACCUCAGGGCCUGAUGUUUGAUGCUGGUGCCCAUGAUGUUGACCUGUGCCUAGUGUCUCCAUGCGAGUUCAAACAUUUCAAAUCUGCAGGGAACCAACAGCAUCCGCUUUCUCCGGGACUUACCACAACCAGCAGCCCUCAGGAUCUCUCAGAUGAUAGUGACCAUUCCCAGGACGUGGCAAAACCCUUACCACAAGUAUAUUCAAACACCAAGUCCACUUACCUAGCCCAGGAAACUCCUUUGACUUCUGUUAGUGACUACUUCCCCAAUGCCUCAGAUUUGGAUGUUCAUCCUGAAGUAGAGGAAUGCCCCUCCAUAACUGCAGACGGUGCAUUAGAUUCUGAUGAGGAAGCUGGCAUGCAUUUCUCCUCUCAGAACCCUACUGAUGGUGACAGGACAAACAACUCCCCACUUCAAGAUCCUCUGCCAGUCACUGUGAAGGACUUGCCUCCACUUCCACCCCAGCCUGGGGCCUGCAUGCCUGAUCUGGGGAAAGUCAAGGUCGGAGCGACAAAGAACAAAAAGAUGACUGGCGUUACUUCGUCCACCAGCUCAGCGCAAAACAGCAAAACCAAGACUGGAAAUCAAAGCGGAUCAGCUGGUAGUCUGAGAUCGAGCUCCACUGUAGACAGUUCUGCAUCACGCUCUGCUAAUUCUGCUCCAAAAAGACUGACUGCAUCAGCAGGAAACAAGGGCAGUUUGUCAGUAUAUCUUGACUUGGCGUAUCUCCCGUCUGGCUAUGCAGCUUCCACUAUUGACCUUGAGUUCUUCUGCCGCUUGCGAUCCUCCUGUUACAUCAUAAGUGGGGACGACUCUAUUAAAGAAUCCAUGAUGAGGCCCAUCCUGGAUGCCUUACUGGAUGGAAAGUCCUUAUGGCCUGAGCAUGUGCCGGUGACGUUGAUUCCCACGUUUGAGUCGGUGAUGAUGCAUGAGUGGUACCAGCAGACCCAAGAGAAGCAGCGGCAGUUGGGCAUCACGGUUCUGGGCAGUAACAGCACCGUGGCCAUGCAGGAGGAAACGUUCCCCGCUUGUAAAGUGGAGUUUUGAGAGAUGAACAAAACUCCACUGUUGACCUGAGCCUUUACCUUCCCUUUUCAGCACUAACUUUAGCACUUAAACCCCUGGAACAUGGAAAAGACCCGUGCCUGCAUGGUUUGAUCACCCGAGCAAUGAACGUAGAUUUGUAAUCUUGGUAAUUAAUAUUGGACUGGAGCUGUCUCUCAAAUAGAGUACUUCUGUAGUGUACUGGCCUCUUGUAGUGCACGUAGUGUGUUCACACUGGAAAAUACAGCAGGAUGCUACGCUAAAUCUGCCAAAAAUUUAGGUUUUAGCUCCUCUGCAACUACACUGAAGGCUGUAGAAAUUGCAAAGCCGUAGGAUUUAGAGUGGCCAUCAGAACUAGCGGAGCAGCAUCAGUAGAUGCUGUAGAGGAGGAACCAUCAGAAGAGUAGCAGUCAGAGGAAGAUGUAGUAAGAGGAUGAGCCAUCAGACAAGGCUGUCGGAAGAGCUGGAGCCAUCAGCGGACACUUUAAGAAGUGGAAGAGCCUUCAGUGGAAGCAGUAGGAAGGGGAGGGGCCUUCAGAGGAAGCAGUAGGAAGGGGAAGAGCCUUCAGUGGAAGUGGUAGGAAGGGGAGGGGCCUUCAGUGGAAGUGGGAGGAUGGGGAGGGGCCUUCAGAGGAAGCUGUAAGAAGGGGAGGAGCAGUCAGAUGAAGCAGUAGGAAGGGGAGGGGCCUUCAGUAGAAGCGGUAGGAAGGGGAGGGGCCUUCAGAGGAAGCGGUAGGAAGGGGAGGAGCAGUCAGAUGAAGCAGUAGGUCAGGGAGGGGCCUUCAGUGGAAGUGGUAGGAAGGGGAGGGGCCUUCAGUGGAAGUGAUAAAAAGGGGAGGAGCAGUCAGAGGAAGCAGUAGGACGGGGAGGGGCCUUCAGUGGAAGCGGUAGGAAGGGGCCUUCAGUGGAAGCGGUAGGAAGGGGAGGGGCCUUCAGUGGAAGUGAUAAGAAGGGGAGGAGCAGUCAGAGGAAGCUAUAGGAAGGGGAGGAGCCUCAAAUAAAACUAUAGAAAGGGGAGGAGCCAUCAGAGAAAGCUGUAUGAAGGGGUGAGCGUAGUUUGUAAUGAGGCUGUUUCAGUUAUUUGCAGAAAUUUGUCAUUUCCAAAACACUAGUCUUCUAAUUAAGACGAUCAGCCACUCCACCCCUCAAAUCUCCAGGCUCUAGAUGCACUAGUGCACAGUGUGAGAAUAUUUAAGAAUAUAAUAGUACCCGAUUUGAGACGCAGCAGUUGUGAUUUGCAUUGCACAGGCAAUGUGGUAAAAAAUUUGGUCAUUAGUCCAGUUCCAGCUCAUGUCUGUAAAAAAAUACACAUUGAUUUAUGUUGUUAAAAUAUCGUAUGUAAGAUAAGUUCACAGUACAAAUAGUAAGUUGUGUGCAUCAUUUCAUCUCUGAUACUUGAUUAUGCAUCUCCUCGCUUUGCCUUUAAAACAGUGACAAUCCUGUAAGGUACGGAUUACACCAGCCUCUCUGAAUGAGCUCCUGCUACCACUGCUCCACUCUUCCAUUGAGUUGGUGCACAUUUCAGCCAGAAUUCCUGUCUGCCUAUUUUCUGAUGUUCCAGACUGAGAAUUGGGAUUGAGGUCUGGUGAUGUUGCUGGUCAGUGACACUGUCCCAGUGUUGCAUCAUGCCUGUUGAGCUAGUCACCUACAGUCGUUCAGUGGGAAACCAUGCCUGAAGUCCCAACCAAUGGGAGAGCUCGCUUGGCUAUAUUUACCUAGAUAUCAGAGAGAAAACUAUCCUGACUGGAUCAUUUUCCGUUGGACAUUUGAAGAUUUUAACCAGAAUCGGAGUGGGAAACCGGGAGACAUUGUCUCACAAGCUGUACAGCCCCGGUUAUACAACUCAUACAGUGGAGAGAGAUUAGAUGAAGAUGAUGUUAGCUUCUUACUUUUACUUCCCGUUCCACCUUAAAUGAUGUACCACUUACAUUCAGAUGCCUGUUCGGGCAUUAGCGUGUAACUGGGGCUCUAUUUAAGGUGGAACGGAAAUUCCAAUAGGAAGCUAACAUCAGCCUUGAGAGCUCCAAUUAAGCGUGAUGACAGACAGACAGAGCUCCACUGAGUUUAUUACUGUUUUUUGCAAUUUUCAUAAAUGAGUUAUGUGAAGAUGGACAGAACUGCAGGUAUGAUAAAGCUAGUUAAGGAUUAUAGAGCAGGUGGGCAGUGAGAAACACUGACAGGACGUUAAGUUACUUAGCUAACGUUAGCAUCGCUCAUAGCAUAUUGACUGUCAUGAUUGUGUCACAUUUAAGACAAAAGCUUUCGCCAGUUUUCAUUUCAUCACUAGCCACCUUGUUUAUCUCAGUAUGUAAAUAAUAAAUAAGAGAUAAGAGGAAGAAAAGACGAUGAAAAUGCACAGAAACAGUACAGAUUACAUUGCAUGAAGGCAGUGCUGUGUGUGUAGCAGGAGAAAUACAGUUAGAGUUUAAGGUGGGCUGGUCAGCAUGUGCCUCCUGGUCUGAAAACAAGUCCCACUCCGGCCUGAUUGUUUCCAAAUGAAACUUAACCAUGGCUUAAGAGUAUUACUACAGUACCUCGCUGAUAUUAAGGCAAGAGGAUGCACACUACCAAAAAUGAUGUCUUGGCAUAUUAAAUUAUUUUAAAUUAAUUUAUAUAUCUAAUAUUUCUCAUUUUGAGAUGUUAUAGGGAUAUAGAAUAAUCUCACGAUCCUGGCAGAUAAUUACGCUCAUUUUUAAAAAAACAUGCUUGAAGCUAAAAAAAUUAUCUGCCAAUAUUGUGAAAUAAUUUCAACAAUAAAAUGACUUAA